AUGGCACAACUCACUAUAACCCUUGAGGAGCUAGAAGCUCACAAUACAUUGGAUUCACUAUGGAUCGCAGUUCAUGGAAGCGUAUAUGAUCUCACGAAUUUCGUAUCAGAUCACCCUGGUGGUGUUGACGCGCUACACACCUGCGCUGGGUCUGAUGGUACCGAGGCCUACGACUACGCCAGCCACAGCAAAUCGAAUAUGAAGAAGAUGCAGCAAUAUCUCGUCGGCAAGUUGGAUGGCUACACAGAGGCAGAGCAAACAGACCCUCCCGUUCCUACACAUAUUAAGACAGUGAAUAAGGGUCAUUCAAGAGCACUGCCCCGGAAACCACUGGCCCUUGCUGCGUCGAGCAUCUCUACCGCCCUCGCGCUCGCCGCCCUUCGACAACGAGGCGUGUUCCGAACAUUGACUUUUCCCCUCAUGCAGCUAGGAGCUGGCUCAACACAAAAUGCAGGCUUGCCAUUUUGGGCUGGCAUGGCAUUGGCAUCGAUAGUUAGCUGCGCGGGAUUCCUUCGCUUGUACAAGCUGUACCAGUCAACUCUAGACUACCAGAAUGAUGUAUUUAGCUUCCCACCCGUGAUACCGCGCAAGGCGCGAAAGUAG